GCAGACGCUUAACCCACUGAGCCACUCAGGCGCCCCUAGAUAUUUUUUCUUUACUCGAGGCCAACAUAUAAGAAGGAAAGCUUGGAGCUCCUGGUUCUUUGGGAUCAUGAAAGAAGGAAAGCAUGCAGCUCCUGGUUCUUUGGGAGCAUGAAAGAAGGAAAGCAUGGAGGUCCUGGUUCUUUCAGAUCCUUAAAGUUAGGUGGAGCCAGUUUGCCAUCCGGGGCCACUCAUUCAAGAGGUCAUUCACCCUGCAGUGACGGAGGAGGUUCCAGGCCUGGGCGUGUGCUAAGGGCAGAGCUCCCAGAUGGGCCCCACUGCCACAGGCUCGUAGCACUGCCCCGCGGGUGACAGCUGUGUGGAGUGCUCAGGUGCAGAGACCAUCGGGUGCUCCUUUGAGAGAAGGAUCUAGAAACUAGUGCUUGCUCUCAACAGCAGAUCAAGGUGGGACCCAGAAGCGGGAUCCAGGGUCAAUGCUCUUCUCCACACCUAACGAAUCUCACUAAAGACUUGAGUGACUCCUACUUCGAUGGUUUCUGCCUCUCCAGAUUCCACCUGCCGUCUUGGUCCAGUAACUGGCUCUUCAGGGCUUUGCCCAGCGGCCAGAACCUAGGAAACCAGGAGGGCACCUGGGGAGCCAGGAGACCUAAGGAUUUCGUUGGCAGAAACAUAUCCCAACCAGGAGCAGGGGGCAUGGACCACAGUGAGGGGUUCAUCCAAGCCCCAGCCGGUACCACGGUGCCUCAGGAACUGCUGGAAGAAAUGCUUUGGUUUUUUCGGGUGGAAGAUGCAUCUCCUUGGAAUUAUUCCAUCUUUGCCCUGGUGGGCGUGGUGGGCGUGAUAAGCUUCGUCCUCCUGGGAAGGAGCAUCCAGGCAAAGAGAAAUCAAAAGCUCCUGGGGAAAAACAAACCAGAACUCCAAGACUUGGCUGAGGCUGAAACCAGAGAUGACAAUAACCUGAACAUCCUAAAAGAGACUUUGCUCUCAGAAAAGCACAAUUUAGCCCAGGUGGAAAUUGAGUUAAAAGAGGGAGAUGCGUCACUGGUUCUCCUUCCAGACCCACAAGAAUCGGAGACCUAGUAAGAGUUCAGAGCCCUGCCCCAUGGUGCCAGCAGAUAAGAUGAACGAACUGCAAUCAAACUAAUAUUCUGUUAUGGGAUGGGGGGUAAGAAACACUUUU